UUUUUUUUAAAAUUAAAACUUUUUUUUUCGGCUUACAAUUGAAACUUUUCUUCAAAUCAAUUAAUGGCUUAACCCAUCAUUUCGUCUUUCUCUAUUCUACACUAACGACAGCAGGGGAGGUGCAAUGGAAGAAGAGGGGGAUAACAAGGAGAAAAUUGUAAAGAUAGCAUCAGCCGAAGAAGGCGCUGAUGAGGAGGACGAUUGCUAUGAGAUCGAUCCCAUCGAUUUUGCCCGCAAGCUAACCAUCAAUGAUUCCGAUGACAUAGUUAUCGUUGCGGAGAAGGGACCGGUUGCACUGAAGGAUUUCCCACAUCCGAGGCAUCUCUGUGGAAACUUCCCCUUCCACAGCACCUCCCAUGAGAGCUACUGCAACAAGUGCUUCUGUUAUGUAUGUGAAACAUCUGCCCCCUGUCAGCACUGGAGGGGAAUCGAUGGGCAUUGCCACGUCUCCAAGAAGCAUGAAGAAUUCCAAGAAUUAGGAGAGACUGUCAAAGAUCGCUCCUCCUACGUGAAAGAAGAAUGAAGCUAACUCUUCAUAUUCUUAAUUUCGUAUACUUGUUAGUGCCUUCUUCUAUUGUAUAUUUAUAAAACCCGUAAGAAAAUAAUUUAAAUGAUUAUAUUUGAGACUCUUAUUAUGUCA